AUGCUGCUGGGUGGUUGGAUGAAUGGUUUAAUUAAUGAGUUAAUCAUAUCUUAAAUUCUCUAAAGAUGCCUGCAAUAGAGAUGAAGGCCAUCCCUACAUCUGGAUUUUAGGAAUGGUCCUUAAUACAGAGUGGUACCUCCCAGCUAGCAGUAUUGCUUCACUGAAGGUAUCUGCUAAGCUUCUUGUUUCAGUCUCUGCCAUGUGAUGUCUCAUGAAUACAGAAGCCUCUUGACAAGCAUCAUUUCUUUGCCUCUAGCAAAGGCAUACACACACACCUGCUGGGGUGACUGUAAUAACUGGCUCCACCUUAAACCCCAGGUGGAUGCCGCACCCUCUGUCGCUGCCCUGCAAGUUGACCUUGGCCUCCAAGCACAUGGAUUUUGGAAUUGUUGCAGAGAAGGAGAAUGUGCAGCUGCAGGAUGGGGAUGAGAGGUUGGGAUGGCUCAGAGACCUGCCUGAGAGGAUGGGGAAGCUGGCUGGCUCCAAACCAGAUCUGUCAGCCAGAAUGGGCUUCAGUGAAGAGGAAAAACUGAAGAUUUCCAAAGGGCUCGUUGAUCUUCAGAUCGAGACAAACAAAAUGAAGGAGCAGUACGAGACAGAGAACUUUGAACUGAAGAACAUGAUCCUGGUCCUGGAGACCCGUGUGCUGGAGCUGGAGCUCUGCAAUGAGAAGGUCACUGGGGAGCAAGAUGCCUUGCGGGAAGGCCUGCGUGCCCUGGAGACCAGCCGGAAGGAGCUGGCGGAUGAGUACAUCAUUCUGAAAAGCAAUUACCUAGCCCUAGGCAAAGAGCUGGACCAGGAGGUCAUGAAGAAUGAAGAGCUCAGCCGAGAGCUGCUCAACCUGGCCAAUGCCAACCGCUCCCCUGCUGUGGCUGGUGAAGCCUUUGCUGAGCUGGGAAGAGUGCGGGCAACGGUGCGUCCCCUGUCCGCUCAGAAGGUGAAGCCAGAAGAUGUUGCUGCCUCUGAACAUGAGCAACAAAAACUGGAAAAAAAAUUGCUUGGAAACCAGGAUAACAUAAAAGUGGAGCUUGAAAAACUAAAGAAAACCUAUGAUUUGCAGCAACAGAAGAUGGAAGAGAGAGUGAUGGCAAUGGGGAAGGAGCUGCAGGAGGCAAAGUGCACGAUUGGGGACACCCAGCGCAAGCUGGCGGAGCAGUCAGCGGUGCUGCUCAGCUCCCAGAGCCAGCUCCAAGAGGUGGAGGCGGAGAACUCUCAGCUGCAGCUCCGUCUGAAGGAGCUGAAUGAGGAAUAUCGCUCCCGGCUGGUGCAGUACAUCAAGGAUGUGGCGGACUUCAUGGACAGCAAAUCCAGCAAUGUCAUGGAGCCUAGCAAGGCCCCAGCUGCUCAUGUUCCCAUGAAACGCUUUGUGGACAGCAUGCUGAAGGACAUCAGGGCUUCCUACAGGGCUCGGGAGGAGCAGCUAGCCAGUGCAGCACGUGGCUACAAGAAACGCAUGAAGGACUUGGUCAAGAAGCAUGAGAACCUGCUCAUUGCUUACAGGCUGCAGCGAGAGCAGAUCCGUUCCUUAGACAGCACCGCUGCAGACUGUGGCCCUGCCGAGCUCCACUUUUCCAUCACAGACCCAGAGCUGCUGACAAACACCACGCGGGAGCUAAACCGGCUGCGGGAGGAUAAAGCAAAACUGGAAAUGCAGCUACAUGAGCUGCAGAAGGUGCUGGCUGUGCUGCUGGCUUUCUGUGGGAAAAGCCUGAAAGAAACCUCAGCCUUUCCACUGGCUCCUGAGCAGCCACUGGAUGAGGAGGGCUGGGCAGAGGUCAGGAAGCAGCUCCAGGAGUUCACACACACCACCCAGAAGGAUUUGGAGCAGGAGAGAAGCCAGCUGCUGACUCGGGCCAUUGUGGCAGAAGAGCAGGUGAUAGAGCUGCAGGAAUACAUAGACAAGCAUCUUGCGAGGUACAAGCAGGAGAUCCUCCAGCUGAGGAAGCCACAUGCGCUCAGUGCUGGGGCAGCCGACACUCACUCACUGCGCAGAGCCAGGACUGUCAGGCAUGAACCAUAGCUCUCCACCAUGGCUCUGAAGAGCAGAAAGAGCAGCAUACCAAAGGAAGGAGCUUUCUGCUUUGUGGACUGGCCAGGGCCCAUAUCCUUCCCUUGCUGAGAGCUGGGAGGCACAGCGAGGGCAACCACGUGGGUGUUCCGGGUCUCAAAUUCACAGCACUAACAUGAGACAAGA